AUGUCCGACAACCAGUUCACCCUCUUCACCAACGGCAGCUACUGCCUGGGCGGCGAGCUCGUCGACGACCACCUCGUCAUCUCCGAGGAGACCGGCCGAAUCCUCAAGCGCACCGGCUACAUUGGCGGGGAGAUCGUGGAUCUGGAGGGCAACAUUGUCGCUCCCGGCUUUCUCGAGCUGCACACAAACGGCGUCAAUGGCUUUCACUUCACCCACUUUGAAGACGAGCCCCAGUACCAGCGGAAGCUGGAGGAGACGGCCGAGCACUAUGUCUCGCAGGGCGUGACCGGAUUCUGGGCUACCAUCCCGACCGUGUCUCCUGAUACUUUCCAGAAGAUCCUCCCCUCCCUCAAACCCCGCUUUCUAUCUCCCAGCGGCGCCUAUCUUCACGGCGCUCAUGUCGAAGGCCCCUACCUCCACCCGUCCAAAGCAGGCGCUCACAAUGCAUCCCUCUUCCACCACCCCUCAGCCACCCCCUCUCCUGUCACCAUCUACGGCGCCUCCGGAUUCCCAUCCAUCAAACUCGCCACCCUAGCCCCCGAGCUCCCCUCCAGCACCGCCCUCAUCAACACCCUCACCAAAGACCACUCCAUCCGCGUCUCCCUCGGCCACACGACCGCCACCUACGCCGACGGCCUCGCCGCCCUCAACGCCGGCGCCACCUGCCUAACCCACACCCUCAACGCCAUGACCCCCCUGCACUCCCGCCAACCCGGUCUAGCCGGCCUGCUCACCCUCCCGCCGCAACAACAACCCCAACCACCCUACUACACCCUCAUCCCCGACGGCCACCACCUCCACCCCUCCACCGCCGCCCUCCUCUACCGCGCCAACCCCACCCGCGCCAUCCUCGUCACCGACAGCAUCGAGCUCGCCUCGCCCUCCAUCCCCGCCGGCACCUACCCCGGCCACGCGCAAAUCGCGUCCCCCCAGCGCAAAGUGACGCACGACCCAUCCACCAACGAGCCCUACCCCUCGCCCAAGGCCGUCAUCGCCAACGACGACGACGACGACAGCGAACCCGAAACCCUCGUCGGCGGCUGCGGCACCCUCGCCCAGGGCGUCCGCAACCUCGUCGCGUGGACGGGCUGCACGCUGCCCGAGGCGGUGCGCACGGUGACGGAGAACGUGGCGGGGCUGAUGGGCGUGGAUGGCGGCGGCGCGCUGGGAGAAGACGGCGGCGGCGCGGCUGGGGUCGGCGUGCUGAGGGAAGGGAAUAGGGCGGAUCUGGUGGUGUUGAGCGAGGAGGGCGAGGUGCUGCAGACGUGGGUGGCUGGGCGGAUGGUCUGGGAGAGGGAGGGCGGGUUGUGA